GGAAUCCACAGCGUACUAUAACCUCGGGUCGCAUCGGCGUUCCGUGACCACAUCCUCCCCAGAAGCUCAGCUCUGGUUUAACCGCGGAUUUCUCUGGGCCUAUUCGUUCAACCAUGAUGAGGCGCUGCGCUGCUUCGAACGGGCCACCGAACACGACCCCAAAUGCGCCAUGGCAUUCUGGGGCAUCGCCUAUGCGGCCGGUCCGAACUACAACAAGGCGUGGCACUUCUUCGACAUGGCAGACCGUCGGCACACAAUGAAAAAGGCCAACGAUGCGUUGGCACGGGCCACUGAGCUGGCGAGCGAUGCCACCCCCGUGGAAAGAGAGUUAAUCAAAGCGCUCACAGCCCGAUUCUCACCCUCAGACAAGAUCCCGUCCGACAUGGGGCCGCUGGACCGUGCGUAUGCGGCAGCGAUGCGACCUGUGUAUCAAGCCUACAGCAGCGACCUGGAUGUGUCCGCGUUAUUCGGCGAAGCUCUCAUGUGCAUCAGCCCCCGAGGACUCUGGGAUUUAGACACCGGCGAGCCCAGCGGCGACCACACAGUGGAGGCGCAGAAGGUGAUCGAGUCAGCAAUGGCGCAGAGCAUCGAAGGUCGCGAUCAUCCGGCCCAUUGCCAUCUCUACAUUCAUCUGAUGGAAAUGUCGCCAAUCUCAGAGCGAGCAUUACCCGCCGCCGACCGGCUACGUCGCCUGGUGCCUGAUGCUGCCCACAUGUUGCACAUGCCCACGCAUAUCGAUAUGGCGGUUGGGGACUAUCGCCGUGCGGUCGACUCCAACGAGGAAGCCAUCAUCGCCGACGACAAGUAUUUCAACCGCGAGCGCGGAUCAGCUCUGUACGUAGCGUAUCGGGUGCACAACAUAUGUGCCAAACUGUAUGCGGCGUUCAUCUCGGGCCGAUAUCAAGAAUCGCUAUCGGCUGCGAAAAAGCUCGAACAGAUUAUCGAUAUCAAUGUGUUAACAAGCACUAGUCCUCCGAUGGCGGACUGGACCGAGAGCUUUCUCGGGAACUUAGCCCAUGUGUAUGUACGCUUUGGUCGCUGGGAGGAUAUCUUAAGCCUGGAGCUUCCCGCGGACCCCGCCGUGUACUGCGCAACAACGGCCAACAUACUAUACGCGCGCGGUGUCGCCUUCAGCGCCCUCGGUCGCGUCGCAGAAGCAGAGGCUACCCAGAAACAGUUUGAGGCGGCGCGUGCGAAGGUCCCGCCUUCCCGACUGAACAGCAUUCCCUGUAAAGAGGUCGACGUUCUCAAGGUCGGUUCGGAGAUGCUCAGCGGCGAGCUGGAAUAUCGUAAGGGCAACUACGAGGUCUCGUUCGCCCACCUUCGGAAAGCGAUUGAGCUGGAAGACGCGCUCCCCUAUUCGGACCCGCCGCCAUGGAUGCAGCCCGUGCGUCAUGCCUUGGGUGGGCUGCUACUAGAGCAAAACCGUAUCGAAGAGGCAGAGCAGGUAUUCCGAGAGGACCUGGGGCUCGCGAAAGAUUUCCCUCGUCGCAAGGCCCGACUGAAUAAUGUCUGGGGCUUACACGGGCUGCACGAGUGCCUGGUGCGCUUGGGCAAGUUCGACGAAGCUCUGAGCAUUCAGGUCCAGCGCGAUAUUGCCGUCGGUUCCGCUGACGUUCCUAUUACCACCUCCUGCUACUGUCGCUUGUCUGCGGUUGGGAAAGCGGAGACAUGCUGUUCUUCUCAUAUUUGAGCGUGUUUUGACAUUCCGAAGUUCGUUCGCCACAGGCUGUUCGCAAUGUGGAUCAUAGCUCAGCACAUUCAUUCUGACAGUGGCUCGUUUGCAGCGCUAUACCUCGAUUCUAUAAUUUCACGUUUUUAUGAUCAAACGCGCUAUAGUUACGACCCACUUCGCAUCUCAUGUACCGGAGCGGUUCUAGGAAUAAUCCCAGAUCUAUCCAUAGUCACUCAGCUAGCUCCCAAAGCUAACUACACUUUACACAGCAGCGUAAUCAAAGCUUGCACAGCUAACUCUGUCUCUCAAAUAAUUACGGGUAAAGAAUGUUAUAGUCGCUGUAUUCAUUAUGCAGAACCCAUUUCAUACGUAGCCAAAGGCCAUAUCUGAUCUGACCCCUGCGAUUCCAAUAGACUCGUUGCAGGUCUACUGAUUUUGAGCUCGCCCCAAUCACCACCAGUCGAAGUAAACACAGCAAGGUCACAU